GGUGAAUGUCACGGACCCAAUGUUCAGAUGAUGUUUGGAUAUUACGGAUAUGAUUGGGACAUCAGGAUAUGACGUAGUUUAAACGAGGAAGGAUCGUGAGGUACUCCCUCAAUUAUGUUUUAUGGUGGUUGCGUCGGUGAGCCCCUCGCUUGCUAGAUUAGCUUUAAUGGACACAGGUGAAAGGUGGUUGUACAGUCGCAUUGUCGAUAAUUCUUAGAUUUUCUGUGAAACUGUUCUGAUCGUCCAAUGAUUCUUCUUCGUCUCUUGCCCGUUAUUUGGGCUGUUUCUGUAAAAGCAGAUUUUUUCCAGUUUGAUAGUAUUUCAAACGUAUCAACAUAUUAUUUUAAUUAUAUUUACUGUAAUAUUUGGGAGGGGGAGUGUCAACCGAACCAGGAUGAUGCGACCCAACAAGUGCCUUCUGGGGAUUUCUGGUCAGUGUUUCCACAGGACUACAUGCGAACUUUAUCAGAGUGGUAUUGCAGUCUUGGACAGUGCUGUGACACAGGAGACUGUCGGGUUACAAAUAAUAUCACAGGACUGGCAAGGGAUCUGGAGCUAAGGCUGCAUGGGCAGCACCUGGCCCAUUCUGUUGUCCUGAAAGCAGUGCAGGGCUUCAUCAGCAACCCUGAUCCAAACAAGCCCCUCACCCUCUCCUUCCAUGGCUGGUCUGGGACUGGCAAGAACUUUGUGGCCCGGCUUGUUGCAGACAAUCUGUACCGGGAUGGAGUGAAGAGUGAAUGCGUGCGCCUGUUCAUUGCCCCCUUCCACUUCCCGCACGCCAAGCUGGUGGACGUGUACAAGGGCCAGCUGAGGGAGGCAGUCCGUGACACGGUCCUGCGCUGCCAGCAGGCACUCUUCAUCUUCGAUGAGGCAGAGAAGCUGCACCCUGGGCUUAUUGAUGCAGUCAAGCCGUACAUGGACCACUAUGACAAUGUGGACGGGGUCAGCUACAGAAGGGCCAUCUUCCUCUUCCUCAGUAAUAUUGGCGGGGCAGCUAUCAAUGACGUGACGCUGGACUUCUGGCACUCGGGGCAGAACCGAGAGGACAUUGGAAUGGAGGACUUGGAGCACCGGAUACGCUCUGAAGCUGUUGAGUCCCAAGGAGGCUUUGCCCAGAGUGAGCUGAUGUCCGGUCACCUGAUUGACUUCUUUGUGCCCUUCUUACCGCUGGAGUACCGGCAUGUCAAGCUCUGUGCCCGCGACGCCUACGCUGCCCGUGGCCUGCAGCCCAGUGAAGCCACGCUGGAUGAGGUGGCCAAGGCUAUGGUAUACGCGCCCAAGGAGGAGAAACUCUUUUCUGUUCAGGGCUGCAAAUCCAUUCCCCAAAGGAUCAAUUUCUUCCUGCCCUAAGGAGACAGGUCCAGGCCAGUGACAUCACAUGAUGACUCCCCAGGACGUGAAGGACAGACUUUAAGAGUGGAGGAAGGGGUCGUAUCGGACUGCUCUGGUAUGCUACAUGCCCAUGGGGCAUGGAAUAUCUCUCACCUCACUGCAUUCUGCUCUGAAUUGGUGGUUGGCGGGGAGUCUGGUUCGUCUUUGAGGUGAUAUUCACCAACCAAACAAAGGGCACUGUGCUGUUAGCAACAUUAUGUAUUUGUUUGCAUUAUGUAUUUGUUUUUUUUCUUUGUUUUAAAGUUUAUUUCAUAUCCAGUCUGCUCACCAGUCGUACAUUGAUGUGUACUAAAGCAGAUUGGUCCAGCUCAGGUCAGUUCUAAAGCCACUUGUAGAACUUAGAUUCAGCAUCAACAAUGGCUUUUUUCCCCUAUUAUUCCCAGGUACUAUUCAUGUAUUGUCCUAUGCGUGACAGUGUACUAUUGUAUGUUUUAACACAUACUGGUUUCACAGAUGUAAAAAAUGUAAAUAAUACUUCAUGAAACCACUACCAGCUUCUAAUGAACUAAAGUUUAGGUCAUAAACAUUCAUUUGUGAAGUGUAGUAUGUAGUGUGCACCAUGACACUCUUAUGCAACGACUGCGUAGAUAGGCUGGCGGACUUCAGAAAGUAGUAGUACUACUAACUGGUGCAACAUGCAUUAGGGGAGAGUACAUGCUUGUCUGAACUUUCCCAUGUUGAUGGAUGAUGUCAGUGAAGAGUCAGGCUUAUCAAUAUAAUUGUCCAUUCCAAAUAAUGAGAAAAUGAUUUGUUGUAAAGACCCCCUCACACCACCACCAUUUACUUUGUAUAACACAGCUGCUUGUCCUUUUCUCAUUAUGGCAAUGAAUGUGUAUGCUGAAAGCAUAUCACCAUUUUUCAUGAUUGAAGUAGGGGUCUUCAGAACAUCCUUUAUAUAAGGAAGGUUUGAAAGCAAUAAGCCUCCCUGUAUCUUGAUGAUGCACAUGCAGAAACAAUUUAUUUUUCUGUUUUUUUAUCUUUAUAUUAUGGUUUUUUUUCGAAAAGGUGGUGUGGAGUCUUUUUACCGUGUGUUUGAAAAUGCCAGUAGGGAUUUAUUUGAUUGUAGAUGUUACAUGAUCUUUUGACCAUAACAUGAAGUAGUAGGUUAUUUAUUAUGGGGGUGGCUUUAAGACAGGGCUGCCCAACCCUGUUCCUGGUCCUGUAGAUCUACCUGUAGGUGUUAAUUUCAAGCCAGAUUUGGCACACCUGAUUCGACUAAUUAGCAGCUCAACAAGAUCUUUAACUUCUGAAUGAGGUGUGGUUUGUUAGGGUUGGAGUGAACACUUACAGGGCAGUAGAUCUCCAGGAACAGGGUUGGGCAGCCCUGGUUUAAGAUGCAGAUGAUGGGCAGAAAUGUGGGUUUCAGUGUUGGUGUUCAUUUGUAAAAAGCGUUAUCCUGAAUUUUAUUACUUUUUUUUUUUUUACUUUGUCAGUGGAGGAACAGACACUUAUUAAACUUAGUGGUUGCCAGUUUUGGAAAGUGGCCCAGGAAUAUUUUCCCAUAUUUUAAGCUGUUGACUUUUUUAGUCAUUUUAUUGUAAACUAGUUUUUUAAAUGCAUGUUUUAAAAUGUCUUUUUUCAGUUGUGAUGUGCAGUAUAUUUUUGCGGAGAUGGACACAUUUUAAAUUUAUCAUGAAGCUGUACAUGGUUUUUUAAUACAAUUGUUGACUUGCUUUUUUCUCUAUCCAAAAUUUUUUCUUGAACUAAGCAGGUUAUUUCAUUCAUUCAUAUUAGACUGUAGUGGGAAUAAUGGGAUUUCAUUCCAUGACCUGAUAAAGCGAUCGGUUUACUGUCAAAUGUAGGUUCAACUAAUUAAUUUCUGUUACUGUUUGUUUUUACUUGCACUGUCUCACUGUCGUGUUGUCAGUACUUCCAGCUUGUCUUCAUUGGCAGGUUUUGCAGCUUUAAACCUAAAUAAGGGCAUUCAUUGACUGGUGUUGUGCCAACAUUUUGAUUAAGCAGGCUUUUAAAGAUCUAAUACAUUGGUUAAAAUGUUUUUGGGGGGAAAUAUUCAAACACAAAAUCAGUUGCAUGACAAGGCUUCAAAUGAAGGCCGUGAAAAAACUGCGCUGAACCUCCAGCACUAAUGUAUGUGUGAUGUGCCAUUGUUAAUACUGUGUUUGUGACGGAGAUACAACUUUGUCUUCCAGUGUUGUACCGAUUUACAUUCAAACUCCACAUUCAGUCUACCAGAUCAGUAGACACAUUUGGGCUGUUUCCUGUUCUCUCUCUGAGCUGUGAAAUAAUAUGAUUAUCAGAAGGAGCAUUGUAAUCGAGCAUAUAAAGUCAGACUGGAAAUAAUGAUUCAAGCAUCAUCAUUGGUUAACUAAGAAAUUGUGAAUACAGGAAUUUUAAAUGUGUUGUGUUAACACAUUUUAUGACCAUUGAAAGACCAAUGUUCAUCAGUUGACCAAGGAAAAUAUUUGCCUGUGUGUGAAAGAGAAGUUUAAUUGUUAUGCAAUCCACCAUCAGCCAAGUUAUGUUGUAGAAACCAGUUAUUUACAAAGUGUUAUUUGUUUAACAGGCGGAAAUGUGAUAGUUCGGCAGCAUUAGGGAACAAUGAUUCGUCCUGCACUUUUGUGAAGAAGACCCAUGAUGUAUUUUUUCCAUUGCAUUUUUAGUUGUUUUACAUGACACCCUUACUGUUUUGUGACAAUUGUUGAUGGAUUAAUUAUCACUACUGUAUAUUAUAUUUUACCCCUCACUUUUUAUUCAAAUGAAUUAAUUUAUCAUGUUUUCUGAUUGAUGUAAACCCAUUAGCAAGUCUUUCAUCAUGGAGGAAAGAGACAAUUUUGGGUUCCUUUGUUUUAAGCAGCUAGCUAGUUAGUACUAUAUUUUAUUUAAAUGUCUUGCUAAGUUUAUUACAAUGUAUGUUAACUAAAAGUAUAAAUGUUUGUUCUCAA